AUGGCGUCUGCCUCCUGGUUUGAGAUCGCUCCCCAGUCUCCAUUCUCGCUCGCCAAUAUACCAUUUGGUGUCGCUUGCUUUCAUGGUUCCGAGAAGCCAGUUACGACAGUGGCUGUCGGAGACCACGCCCUCAACCUGGCAAUAUUCGCGUCGAAAAAUGGAUUUUCCGAACUUGCUACAAUUAAAGACCACCUUCACGUUUUCGACCAACCGACGCUGAAUGAAUUAGCUGCCCUUGGACGACAUAUUGCGGGAGCGGUACGCCGGUACUUGCAAGAUAUUUUCAAAGCAGAAACGCCUUUCCCGCAUUUGUUACGGGAUAACAAGGAAUUGCGGAGCCAAUGCCUUGUGCUGUUAACGCAGAUUCAGAUGCAGUUACCUUUCCAAAUAGGGGAUUUCAGCGACUUUUAUGGUGGCAUGAAUCAUGCUGUCAACGCAGGGGCACUAUUCCGUGGCCAGAACGGAGCGCUUCUCCCAAACUAUCUACAUCUUCCAAUAGCAUAUCAUGGUAGAUCGUCCUCGAUCUUUGUCUCUGGAACGCCUGUUCGGAGACCUUGGGGCCAGGUUGUGGAAGACAUAAAUGCCACCCAGAAGAAUCCCAUUUUCGUUCCAUGUCGAACAAUGGAUUUUGAGCUCGAGCUUGGUGCAUUUGUUUGUGGUGGCAACAAGCAAUCUGACAACAUCUCUAUCAAUAACGCAGAAGAAAAUAUUUGGGGAUUCGUCUUGCUGAACGACUGGUCAGCACGAGAUGUACAGAGGUGGGAAUAUGUACCACUGGGGCCGUUCAAUGGCAAGAACUUUGCGACGACCGUCAGCGCUUGGGUGGUCUUAGCCGAUGCCAUGGAGCCGUUCAGGAAGCCAGGUCUGAAGCAUCCAGGAACCGUUUUGCCCUACUUACAGGAGGAACGUAAGGACUUCACAUAUGAUCUGAACCUGCAGGUUCAGCUUGUCAGCGGCAAGACAAAGAAGGUGACAACCAUUUGCUCUACAAAUGCUUCUGAAGGGUUGGUCUGGUCUUUCCCUCAGAUGUUGGCUCAUCAUACCAUCACAGGGUGUCCGAUGAAACCGGGGGAUCUACUCGGUUCUGGUACGAUCAGUGGAAAGACAAUAUCGUCUCUGGGCUGCCUACUAGAGCAGACACUGAAUGGGAGACAGUCUAUAAAGCUAGAGGGAGGAGAGGAGAGGACUUGGCUGGAGGAUGGCGAUGAAGUUAUACUGAAGGGAUACGCAGGGAACGAAAAAGAUGGCUAUGUUGGCUUUGGCGAUGCCGCUGGCGUGCUUCUUCCACCGCAUGAGCACAAAUUGUAA